AUGCCCUUGGGUUUGAGUCUGUUACUCUUUUACCAUGCCUCUUCUUCCCAUGUGCCGCUGUUCUGCCUCCCAUCCCAUGUGUCUCUGCUCUGCCUCCCAUCCCAUGUGUCUCUGCUCUGCUUCCCAUCCCAUGUGUCUCUGCCUCGCCUCCCAUCCCAUGUGUCUCUGCUCUGCCUCCCAUCUCAUGUGUCUCUGCUCUGCCUCCCAUCCCAUGUGUCUCUGCUCUGCCUCCCAUCCCAUGUGUCUCUGCUCUGCCUCCCAUCCCAUGUGUCUCUGCUCUGCCUCCCAUCCCACGUGUCUCUGCUCUGCCUCCCAUCCCAUGUGUCUCUGCUCUGCCUCCCAUCCCAUGUGUCUCUGCUCUGCCUUUCAUCCCAUGUGUCUCUGCUCUGCCUUUCAUCCCAUGUGACUCUGCUCUGCCUUUCAUCCCAUGUGUCUCUGCUCUGCCUUUCAUCCCAUGUGUCUCUGCUCUGCCUUUCAUCCCAUGUGUCUCUGCUCUGCCUUUCAUCCCAUGUGUCUCUGCUCUGCCUUUCAUCCCAUGUGUCUCUGCUCUGCCUUUCAUCCCAUGUGUCUCUGAUCUGCCUUUCAUCCCAUGUGUCUCUGCCUCGACCAUCAGAUGAAAUGCAUCGGUGUGCGGUCAACCUCAUGUUCUGUCUUGAAGCCACCCCUCAAUGCUACUUCUACCGUGCCUCCACCUUCUCCUGCAACUGCACCAACCCUCAAACGCGCCAGUGGACCUGCACCCCACUCCAAUGUUCCCAUAUGUCCCUGCCCUCUGCCUGCUCAUCCAUAUGUCCCUGCCCUCUGCCUGCUCAUCCAUAUGUCACAGCCAGGCAGGCAGCAGGGUUCACGGGCAGGGCAACAGGCGGGCUUGUGAAUGGAGGCUGUCCGUCAGAACAAUACCGCACUCAACAGUACCUGCCCAUCUCAUCCCACCCCUUGGUCUGUCCCCACCCCUUGGUCUGUCCCCACCCCUUGGUCUGUCCCCACCCCUCCUCACAGGCAGGCAGCAGUGUGCACGGCUGUGGUGACAGCAGCGUGCACGGCUGUGUGAGGUCAGCAGACUGCAUGGACGUGGAGGCAAUGGUGUGUGCGCCGGGCGUGUGUGUGGACGAUGGCACUCGCCUCACAGGCUGCCAGUGUGCUGUUGGAUUCACCCCACUCAACGAUUCCUCCACCUUCCCCUACCCCUACUGUGUUCCUCAACCUGUGUGUGUGCUACCCUUCAGUGUGUGUGCUACCCUUCAGUGUGUGUGCUACCCUUCAGUCUGCACUGCCUGGCAGCCUAAGCACGCCGCAUUGCUCAACCUCUGUGCAAACUCGCCCAUGAGUUCUUACUCAUCCCCCAACCGUGCCUCAUCCCCCAACCGUGCCUCAUUCCCCAACCGCGCCUCAUUUCCCAACCGUGCCUCAUUCCCCAGCCAUGCCCCAUCCCUCGUGCCCACGAUCCAAAACUCAACAGCACCCCCCUCGGCACCAUCACCACCUCCAAAGGACGCGUGUGCACUACUGCAGGCCAACCCAUGCCUGCCCGGCGCCUGUGUGAGCAACUCCUCAGCUGCCCCUGGCUACACCUGCCGCUGCCCCACUGGCUAUGACCAGGCCAUGCUUGCGGGCAAACCGACGUGCCUGGAUCGAAACUCAACAGCACCCCCCUCGGAAGCACCCGCCUCGGAAGCACCCGCCUCGGAAGCACCCCCCUCGGAAGCACCCCCCUCGGAAGCACCCCCCUCGGAAGCACCCCCCUCGGAAGCACCCCCCUCAGAAGCACCCCCCUCGGAAGCACCCCCCUCGGAAGCACCCCCCUCGGAACCAGCACCCCCCUCGGAAGCACCCCCCUCGGAACCACCAACCACCUCGUCACCGUCACCACCUCCAAAGGACGCGUGUGCACUGCUGCAGGCCAACCCAUGCCUGCCCGGCGCCUGUGUGAGCAACUCCUCAGCUGCCCCCGGCUACACCUGCCGCUGCCCCACUGGCUUUGAGCAGACCACGAGUGCGGGCGCUCCGACGUGCCUGGGUACGCGUUGUAAGGGAAGGAGAGGGGGGCAGGGUGUAGAUGCAUGUGGGGUGGGUCUGCACGCUGCAUGCUGGGCAUGUGGGAUGGCGUGCAUGGUGGGAUGGCAUGCAUGGUGGGAUGACAUGCAUGGUGGGAUGGCGUGCAUGGUGGGAUGGCGUGCAUGGUGGGAUGGCAUGCAUGGUGGGAUGGCGUGCAUGGUGGGAUGGCGUGCAUGGUGGGAUGGCGUGCAUGGUGGGAUGGCGUGCAUGGUGGGAUGGCAUGCAUGGUGGGAUGGCUUACAUGGUGGGAUGGCUUACAUGGUGGGAUGUCAGCUACGCAUGGUGGGAUGGUAG